GAAACACCGGAGGCUGAGACGCUAAGAGAAGAUUGCGGUGUGUGUGUGCAGAGAGAGUGAAAAUGUGUGUAUCUGAGCAUCCGCCGGUCCCAACACUGAACACCGUGAGGCCACUGCUUUCCGGAGUGUGUGAAUAUGUGUGAGAGAACGUGGGGGACCUUAAGAGAAGAAACAUCUUGAAGAAGAGGAAGAAAAAACACUACAACAAGCUAUUCUUUCUUUAUUUCUUUCUUGUUUUAAAUAAGGAACAUAAAGAAGACAAAGUGCUCAGCAUCCUGCGGCAUUUGGUGAAGUUUUCUGUCCGCACUGCCUCCUGGUGCAGAGUCCGCCUCAGCCCGGGGUGAGCUCCGUCCAACCCUGAUCACUACUGUGUCUUAUACAGAACGCUGAGUGCCUAGCUGGAGAUCAUGAAGUGGAAUCUCUUCAGGAAGAAACCAGAAGCCAUGGUGGGUCCUGAGCCCACGGGUUUGGGGGGAACCCACCCACCCAGCACCAUGACGAUGGCCCCUGUUCUCUCCACUGCAGCAGACAACUCCACAGAGCCAGGAGGCUCGUCCAUCUUUGAGAAGAUCAAGAACAAAUUCCUUAAUGAGAUUAACGAUACAAUCCCAUUGCCUCCCUGGGCACUGAUCGCGAUCGCCGUAGUGGCGGCUCUUCUCAUCGUCACUUGCUGCUUUUGCAUCAUCAAGAAAUGCUGCUGCAAGAAAAAGAAGAACAAGAAAGGAAAGAAGGGCAAGGAUGGCUUCAACAUGAAGAAUAUGCAGGGUGGAGAUAAACACCAGGACGACGAUGAUGAAGAUGGAGAAACAGGUUUGACUGAGGAAGAGAAAGAAGAAGAGGAAAAGGAACAGGAGAAACUGGGCAAGCUACAGUAUUCUUUGGAUUACGACUUUCAGGACAACAAGCUGACAGUGGGGAUCUUGCAGUGCGCUGACCUGAUUUCCAUGGACUCUGGAGGAACUUCAGACCCUUACGUUAAAGUCUUUCUCCUCCCUGACAAAAAGAAAAAGUUUGACACCAAGGUGCACAAAAAGACACUGAAUCCUGUCUUCAACGAGACUUUUGUUUUCAAGGUCCCCUACCAGGAGCUGGGAGGAAAGACGCUGGUUAUGUCUGUUUAUGACUACGAUCGCUUCUCCAAGCACGACAUCAUCGGUGAAGUCAAACUGCCCAUGAACACAGUGGACUUGGGACAGCCCAUUGAGGAAUGGAGAGACCUGGAAAGUGCUGAGAAGGAAGAGCCGGAGAAGCUUGGUGAUAUCUGCAUUUCACUGCGGUAUGUCCCCACUGCUGGUAAACUGACUGUCUGCAUUCUGGAGGCCAAAAACCUGAAGAAAAUGGAUGUGGGUGGACUGUCUGAUCCGUAUGUGAAGAUCCAACUGCUACAGAAUGGCAAGCGUCUAAAGAAGAAGAAGACCACAGUGAAGAAGAAUACACUGAACCCAUACUACAACGAGUCCUUCAGCUUUGAGAUCCCACUGGAGCAGAUGCAGAAAAUCCUUGUGGUGGUCACCGUCUUCGACUACGACAAGAUUGGUAAGAAUGACGCCAUCGGAAAGAUCUUUAUUGGCAGCAAGGCCUCGGGCACAGAGCUGAAGCACUGGUCCGACAUGCUGGCCAACCCACGCCGCCCUAUCGCUCAAUGGCACACCCUGAAAGAGGAAGAGGACAUAGACGCCACGCUGGCUGCUCUCCAUGCCAAGAAGUAACUCCAUCUCUCUACAAAUUCAACUAAUCGACUAACCUCCCUCCUCAACCCAUCCAACCCAGCCACCACUGCAUGAAAGCCAACCAACCACCGCCCACGCCUACUCCAAAUAAUGUUCAGAUUCAUGUACUUGAAAGAGUCAACAUUGCUGAAUGUGAAAACUCCAUGUGUCCCCAAAAACACCGUAGUUCAUCCUGUAGUGUACACUGAGUGGAAGCGUGGUUGAAGAAGACACGUUUUGUCGUCCCAAAGCAUUUUUCAAAUUGUCAUCCCAUGCUCCUGCAACAGAAGGAUAUUUGCACAUGGAGUCGUAUAGCUUUCCUAACACAAACCUGUCAUCUUCAUCCUCGAUGGUCAGUUACCAUCAACAUACCAAAUUGAUUCAAUGAAAUAAUAUCAUUGCGUGUAUAUAAGAGAAAGAAAGUACUAAAAAAAUUGGACUACCUGAUAAAAUAUAUUUAAAUAGCACAGGAAUAUUAUAUGAACAAUUCAAUUCAAUUAUAUUAAAUUAUAUGGUAUAUUUUUCACACCCUAUGUAACAACAUUUACAGGUUUCAGGAAAUGAUGGCUAUCCAACAUGGUCGCAUUUAUCGACACAGCUCGAAAGUUGAAAAGCUUUCUACUGGUUCUGUGCACUGGGAUUUGAAGCAAAAUAUAACUAAUUCACAAUUUACACAAUCUAGCGAUACACCUGGUACAAGUUAUCAGCACCAACACGUCGCUCAUGAAUAGUAAGGCAAGUCUACGUGAAAUACUUUACAAAUGAAAUUGUUUACAAACUGUACGUAAAUCUUUAAGGCUGCUCGAUAUGAGUUGAGCUUUUAGAAAUGUCAGUCUAAAGGUUAAAUGCACUUUCGAGACGAAAGAAGAAUCAGGGCUACAGUUUUUUGGAGCGGUUUACAGCGCUUUGUUAAAAAGGCAAAAUUAGUCAUAGUAGAAGACACUAUCUGUAAACCCUUCAAUCUGAUCUCAAUGCUACAGAUGUUUAUUUGUCAGAGGUUUCUGGAAGGGUUUAAAAAGAUUAUCCUGGUGGGAUUGCCUUAUGAAAUACGGACUGAAUUCGUUAAUCUAAACCUACCAUUUGUACCACACUUCAACUGACCAUGACCGAGAAUACUUUGUGAGAACAAAUCGAUCACCAUUGAUUAAUUCGUAAGGCUAUUAAUUCACAGAAGCUUCCGAGCCAUUUUCCAUUCUCUCGAUUCGUGUACAUGUAUAAUAUACAGUUCAAGCCUCUGGUUAGUUCACUGCCUUUGUUUGUUUGAAGGAACUUUGCCUACAACCACAAACAAACCCAUUAAACACGAUUCAAUCAGAAGACAUUUGAAAUGCCAAAGUAAUAAUGCAGGUUUCAUGGGAAGCAAUGCAGUUCACUGGAGAUGCGACAAACGUUGUCUCAUCUCCAUUCUUUUAUGUUAGAAGGGACAAAAACGAGGCGAUAGGCCAAACUUAGUUGAGUCCAUCGAAGGGCACCUUCGCUCUUUCCCUCAGCUUUCCUCUAAUCGUGCUGUACAUAUGCAUUGAUAAACUUUGUUUAAUACAGCAUGUGUCUAUACCUUGAUGUACAUAGAAGCAUGUUUUGAAGAUAGAGCCUAUAUUGUGUAUGUGUGGCAUUUGUCAUUUUGAUAAUAAAACGUAGAGGAAAAAUACAAUGACUGCACAUUUUAUUAAAUUCCCCAGAGCGGGUGUUAGGAAUUAACGUAAAUCUUUAGCUGAAGAUUUAAAGCCUAUCAGGUUACUUUCUUUUCCUUUCGAUCUGAGGAGUGCUACUCUGAGCUGUGUGUAAAUUGUUUUCUUCAAAUGUACCAUAUUAUUAUUAUUAUUGUGCUUACGUUUGUGACUUCUUUGUUUC